UCACGGGACGCGCUAACAACAGGUGUGUUGAAGACCAUUACAGAGCUAUUACAGCAGCUGCAGACGCCGGCGGUUUCUUCUCGGACACAAUGGCAACAGCAAAGGAGAAACAAGAAGAUCUCCAGAUUGAGGAGCAUCUCAUGCACGAUGGAGUUCGACCCGACGUAUCGGACGACAGAAAAAUACGCCAUUUGUAUAGGAAAGUGCUGCGAACGGAGACGACGCUGCGAGAGACAAUACAGGGAAUGGACGCGCUCAAGACACAACAAGCAGAGGAGAUGCAGGCGGUUGAGGGAUAUGUCGAGCAUAUUAGGAAUUUGUCUGGAGAGAAGGACCAGCUGGUCGCCGAACUGGAGAGGGAGAACGACGUGCUGAAGGAAGAACUGAUGAACGUGCAUGUGGAGAAGAGUGCGAAUGUGAGGGAAGCAGAGUCGAUAGCCGAGUUGUUGAGUGCAGAAGGGAUGCAGGAGUUUGCCAAGGGAUCAGCACGAGAACAGGUGUCUAAUCUUUUGACAGAGCGAGCCAGGAUGCUGAGCGAUUUGACAGCAGGUGAACUGAAGGUUCAACAACUCCAAACUGACGUGACAACUGCUGAAAAAAAGGCUGGAAAGGAAAAACGAGACUACGAACAAUCAAUGAGGAAAGUGCAAGAGCAAACUGAAGAAGAAAAGGCUAAGCUUAAGACUCAACAUGAAGAAGCCAAGAAAGUGUUGGUGACAGAGAGAGAUAAGCAAAAGAGAGAGGCACAAGCUCUGGGCAGGAAAUUGGCUGCUGCUGAGAAAGAAGUACGUGUACUUACGGCGAGAAUAGCAGAAGAGGAGAAAAAGCGGUUGAAAGAAGUGCAAGAAGUAAAGGAUCGACACAGAAGUGACCUUCAAGCUACAAAGUCUAAUCACGAAAAGACGAUAAGGAAGGUGUCGGAAGACAGAGACUCACACAGUCAGAGAAUCACACAACUAAGUGAUAAAUGUCUAAAGUUGGAGCAAGAAAAUGCUUCCUUGAAUGAAACGGUGUCACGUCUCAGAAAUGAUUUAAGUGAUGAACGAGAGAAACGGCGAAGUUUUGGGGUGACACAAGGAGAGCAGGUUGCUCGAUUGACGGGAGAAAACCAUCAGCUGACGGAGCAGCUGUCGCAGACUCAAGCACAGUUGGAGUCAGAGACACAAGAACGAAACGAAUUAGAUACACGACUAUCUCUGGUACGUAAAGAGCUGGGCACAUCAAAGGACACAGAGCUGCUGCUGUCAACUGAACUAGAAGACUUCAAGGUGGAAAGUGCAAGAGCAAAGACACAGUAUGAGAACACUAUUGAGGAUCUAUCUCGCGAGUGCAGCAGUUUACAAGCUCAGCUACAGGCUCGUACCGAAUCCAUCCAACAACACACAGCAAGUGCCGAGGAACUGAGAGCCGAGCUGGUUAGAAUGGAAGGACAAAUUGAUGAAGAAAGAGAACGAGCCGAAUCAACUAAAGAUCGACUAGAAACAGAGAUUGGAAAUCUGAAGGGGAAGUUGCAGUCUACAGCGGUGUCUUCCCUGCAAGAGAAAAGUGAGAUGGAAGAUGCAAACAGGGAACUGAAGGAGCUUCUUUCAGCAUCCAAGGCUAAACUGGAACGACUCCAGUCUGACCUAGCAGCUCGGAUAAAACAACACUCGACGUCCGAGCAUCACGCAGACUCGCUCUCAACCGAAGUCCGACGACUCCAAGAGGAGUUGGAAGGUGUGUUGUCUGAACGAGUUGUGCAGGACCAAGAGUACAGCAACCAAAUGACGAUAUUGCAAGCUGAACGUGAAAGAUUAGCACACGACUUGGCUUCUACUAGUGCAAAUUUGCAAGAACAGAUGGAACGAGCCGAUGAGCUUCACACUCAGCUUGAUCUCAUCACCGAACAAAACACUAACUUAGAACAGAAAACAGCCAUAUUUGCGAAUGAGAUCGAUCAAUUAAAACAUACAAACAGAGAAGUUCAGACGAGCCUCAACGAAUCAGAAGAAACAGUAGCCAACUUGAAUUCUGAAUUGACGAUAUUGAAAGAGAGUCACUCAGAGAGCCAAGACGAGAACAGCUUAUUACGACGUGAGGUGGAGCAGUUGAGGAUCAAUAACAAGCAGUUAGCUAAACAAGCGAGAGAGUCACAGGCGACGUACGAGACAAACUCACAGGAGAUGGAAGACGAGUGGAACAGACAGAAAUGUCAAUUGACAUCGGAGAACACCCGAAUCACAAACCAACUGAAAAUCUCUGUCGACGAGGCAAAGCAACUUCACGAAUCUUUGGCACUCCAAAAGAGAGAGUUGGACAAGGCCACAAAGGAGCUGAUGUCAUUGAGAGAAACCGUUUCGACUCUUGAUGCUUCACUUUUCGAAGAGAGGACAAAGACACACGAUCUGGAACUUGUGAGUACAAAGAGAGAUGGCGACAUGGAAAGGUUCUUGACUCAAUUACAAGAGCAGGUAGAACAGAUUACUGGUCUUGACGUCGCAAACAAAUCGCUGAAAAGCAACCUUGAAAGGAAAAGUGAAGAAUGUAGGCAGCUGACUGCCGAGUUGGAUGAAGAGAGAGUCAAUCACGAGGCUGCCAAGGGUGAUAGGGACAAAGCUCAAAGCAGUCUCUCUCAAGCCGAAGAGAAAAUCAAUGAGUUGAUGUCUGAACUAUCGCAAGCUGUUACGACUAGAGAUGAUCUUCAGCAUGAGGUUCAGAGUAUGGCUGCAACGAAGGAUGACUAUGGCACUCAGCGCGAACAAGUUGAGAUGCUGAGAUCACAACUACAGCAUGAACAGCUGGAAAGAGCUCAGUCGCAACAGAUUGCCAGCGAUUUGAGAGCGAAAUUGGACUGUGCACAGGAGAAUGACGUCAGCAGUCGUAGCACGUUGCAGCUAUUGCAGCAUCGUGUGUCGGAACUUGAGUCGAGUUUGACUACGCAAAAGCAGAAGUACAAGCGACUGCAGGAAAAGUAUAGACAGAGUGAGGCUGCUAACACGUCCAUUCGAGAAGAAAUAACUGCUCUCUUCAGUCAGUCUGAAGUGCAAAAGACAGAGCUGGCUUUGUUGAGUGAAGAAGUGGAUCUUCAAGGGCAACGUUACUUUGAGGGCAAGAGGCGCAGAAGUGAGAAGUAUAUAUCAGCAAGAGAGAAGCACGAGAGGGAGAGGCGCUCACUGGAAUCGAGCGUAGUGUCAUUACAGGACGAGCUCGACUCAGCAACCCGACGUCUGAUCAAAGAGAAUGAAUGGCGAUCGCGAGCUGAGGAGAUGCACCGCCAGCUGCUCCGUGAGAAACAACAAUUAGUCGAAACACUUGCCGCUGUCGAAGACAGGGAGCGUGAAAAGGCUCACAACGCGAGACAGCUCGAGGUACACGUCGUGCGACUCGAACAGGAGAACACGGCUCUACAAGACAGACUUCAGCGAGUUCUCAAAGACAAAGCGAGAAUGGAAAGCCUCCUACGCGACACCAGCAGUCCAGACAUGUCGCUCCACAGUCUCGUGUCUUCGCGUAAGAGUUCGACACAGAACGGAUUUCUCUCCGACACGAAGGGACCGUUGCGCACGUCGUCGCCUUAUAAAUUUUCGCCCUUCUCGUCGACUCUCGGCAUGCCGCACGACCCGUCAGACAGGUAGACGGUGGCAUACACAUGCACAGUACAAGUACACACGUGGUAGGUGUCCGAGGUGUAGGGUAGUGUAUAGACUGAGUUGCUGUUAGGAUACAGGGAUGACUUGGUGAUAAAAUGUGACCUUGUUUUUGAGUUGAUUUUGUUUAUAUGGAGUGGAGACUAGCGUAGCCCGUUUACGACGGCUAGGUAUCAUACAUGUACUUGUGUUGUGAUAGAUAAGCUUUCUUAGCGACGAUAGUAAAAUAGAAUAUAUUUGGUUA